AUGGCUGGAAGGAAUGAUGCUGUGAUAGCUGCUGCUUUGGAAGCAAUGGCUCAAGCUUUGGAGAACCAACCGAAUGAGGACAACAAUGUUCAUUAUCGUGUGAUAAAUGAGAAGAGGGGAAAGAGUCAACAAGGUCGGGGUAAGCCUUAUGAAGCUCCGAGUGGAAAGGGUAAGCAGAUAGCGGUUGAGGGUAAGAGAACUAGUGGGGGAAAUGCUCCUAUUGGUAUUGUAUGUUUCAAGUGUGGCAAGGUUGGUCACAAGAGCACUGUGUGUACUGCUGGUACCAAGAGAUGUUUCCGUUGUGGUAAGAUUGGACAUGAAGCGCCGGAAUGCAAGCAUAAGGAGAUGGAAUGUUUCAACUGUGAUGAAGAAGGCCAUAUUGGGAGCAAGUGUCAGAAGCCCAAGAAAGAGCAAUAUAGUGGAAAUGUAUUGGGUGUUGUGUUAUCUGCUAUGAACGGAGAAAUGGUUGUCGAUACUCCGGCUAAGGGAUCGGUGACUACUUCUCUUGUGUGUCUAAAGUGUCCCGUGCCAAUUUUCGACAGAGACUUUCUUGUUAAUUUUUUUUCUUCCCCUGAAGAGGAAAGCUUAGAGUUGUUAUUGGCCAAACAGUUGCGUUUGUUGAUGAAAGAAGAUGUUCAAGUGUUCGCAUUGGUUGCUUUGAUGUCUGUUGAGAAUUAG